CUGAGAUGUUGUUGUGGGUCCACUGGAAAAUUUUGGCUUUCAUGCUACUUAACAACAUCCUGUAAACCCAAGCCCAAGGCCAAGUCUUUAAGGCUUUUUCUUGUACAAGUGAUAGGGAAUACCGAGACCGGCGUCAUCAUAGUCUUUAAUACCUAGGAAAAAAACCAUGAGCAGUUCUGCUCGUGCCCUAGUGGGGUCUGGGCCCGCUGCUUCUUCCUCUUCUGGAGGUGGGUCGAAGAAGGGCCAGCUUUCCAUCGAGUCAGAGGACGUAAUACGCCUCAUCCUCCAGUUUUGCCGCGACAAUGACCUUCCUCGAACUCUCAUGACCUUGCAAGAGGAGGCCAAAGUCCCGUUGAACAGCGUGGAUAGUCUGGAAGGUCUUUUAGACGACGUGAAUGCCGGUAGAUGGGAUGAUGUGUUGAAGACUUGCUCUUAUCUAGCUCUUCCGAUGGACGUGAAAGUCGACUUGUUUGAGCAUGUGGUGUUUGAGUUUGUGGAGAGCUUGGAGUUCGAGACAGCUGGGGUCUUGAUGGAACAUACACAGCCAUUGAAAGUCAUGCGAGGCGACUUUCCGGAUCGUUUCGCCCGAUUAUCACAGUUGAUUAAACGAGGACAGCCAGUCUCUUCGCCUGAAGUUCUCUAUGGACCAGGGAAAACGAGGAAAGACAAACGCGGAGACGUGGCUCAAAAACUAGUCGCUUACGUGCAAGUGAGUCCGCCAAACCGAUUGUUGGCCUUGUUGGGACAGGCGAUUAAGUACCAAAAGCACAUUGGCGUGAUCAAGGAAGGAGAGGAGGUGGAUCUGUUCCGAGGAUUGGACAAAAAUCUGUUCCACGUCACGGCAAUGGGAGAGAAAGGUACAACUUACAACGAAUCAUCUUUUUGUUUACUGAGUGGUCGUCUGUAGGAUGAUGAUGAUGAAGGCAUGACGUCUGCUUCUUAAUCUUAGAUGCCUACGCAAAAGACGAAGCCUGACGACCUACAGGAUUCUUCCUUUCACAUCAAUUUCACUACAACAGGUCUCGAGGCUGCCGACCAGUAUCCGAAGCAUUGUGCGAAACGCGUUAAGCUUGCAGAAGUCGCUUCCUUCUGCGCUUAUUCUUCUGAUGGCCAAUUCCUUGCCGUUGGCGCUGAAGAUGGUUUGGCCGAAAUUUACGAUGCAAGAACGGGGAAAUCACGACAAGAUCUCUGCUAUCAAUCUGUCGACGACCCACGCUACAUGGCGGCGCAGCAUCCAGUUUCCUGCGUCAUGUUUUCGAAUAACAAUGCUAGUUUGGCCGUUGGCGAUAGCAGUGGCACCUUGAGUGUCUUCGUGGUUGGGACUGGCGACCUGGACAAGAGACUACAGGCACACGACGGUCCAAUCCUUUCUCUCUGCUGGAACCACAACGACUCCGCAGUAUUGAGCGGAUCGGCGGAUAGUACAGCAAGAGUUUCAGGCUUGAACGCCGGGAAGGUGCUGAAGGAAUUUCGAGGACAUACAUCGUAUGUGCAAACAGUUUUGUACUCUCCAGAUAUGUCGAAGGUCAUCACAGGGUCAGCAGACGCAUAUGUAAAAGUCUUCGACGCGAAAACAUGCACGGUACUUUCUACUUUUCCAAAUUGUUCCAUAUGUAAAAGUCUUCGACGCGAAAACGUGCACGGUGCUUCCUUCUAUCCGGAACGAUGAAUUUUGUUGAUACAUUUUCAAAUUCAAUAGUGUAAUUCGAAUUAUUUUCGUCAAAGUACUGAAGAUACUGUAUGAUCUCUAGUACUGAUCAUUUUUCCAAGAGCCAGUCUGUCAACACAAGUCGAAUUCACUCACAUUUUCUCAUCCAUCCAACCUCCUCAGGCUUCAUCCAUCCAACAUCCUCAGGCUCUCCACUCUUUCCAUCCUCCUACGCCUGUUUACCUUGGGGCUGCCGGCAACCUGUUGUCGAUCAAUCAGAUCGUCUUAGCUCCAGACUCAGUGGACAAGUCCAAUCCGACGAUUUUCGUAUCCACUGAGUGCAACCAGAUCUCCAAAAUGAACCUCCAAGGUCAAGUCCUGAAGACGUUCACUUCCGGAAAACUCGACUCAGCCUCAGACUUUCGGAAUAUCGCUGUUUCGAGGUCUGGCUCGUACGUCUAUGGCAUAUCGAAAGAUCAGUGUUUGUACAUCUUUGAUGGGAGGGAAACAAAGCUGGUCCACAUCUUGCCGGAAGUGGCUGACAAAGAAGUACUGGGCGUAGCGGUGCACCCAUUGCGACCAGGAUACUUGGCAGUGUGGAGCUUGGAUCGAACUAUUGGGUUGCUGAGACCCUAAGUUCUUGACGACCUUGACUAUAACCACUAGCGACAAGAUAUCGUCGUGCUCUGAUGUGUAAAAGAGCGCCAGGUAGUUAAGCGCCAAUCUACGACUACUUGCUGCAGCAUGAACCCAGACCCAGACCCAACGGAUUCAUAUUGAUUCGAAUUCAAAAGUCGCGGACAGAAAACCACACACAUAAAGAACACAGGACUACAGGCACAAAUACUAGAUGAAGUUGUAACCCAACGCCAACAUCAGUCUCUUACUUUUUCAACCAACAACGACUAGCAGCAAGACUAAU